GCGGGCUCCGAAGUGCGCAGCCCAAUGGAGAGCGCUUUGUGGCGGCCGUGGGAGUCGGGGGCGGGCUUGCUGUUUUUGCACGCAACUCUGACCACAUUCGUCUGCGCCGGAACCAACCUUGAGUAACUGUGCUGGGCCAGGACCGGGACUGAGACUGGGGCUGGGGCUGGGAAGUAGCGUCGGGGCCACCCCGCGGCCACCCUAGGGGAAUCCUAGGCACUGGAGACCAUGCGGGCGGGUAAGACUUUCCGCAAGCGGCGCGACGACUCGGAGUCGGAGUCCGAUGAGCAGGACAGCGAGGAGGUCCGGUUGAAACUGGAAGAAACCAAAGAAGUUCAGAGUUUGAGAAGACGUCCUAAUGGGGUGAGUGCUGUAGCCCUCCUGGUUGGGGAGAAAGUACAGGAAGAGACAACUCUAGUGGAUGAUCCCUUUAAGAUCAAGGCUGGUGGGAUGGUGGACAUGAAGAAACUUAAGGAAAGAAAUAAAGACAGGAUUAAUGAAGAGGAGGACCUCAAUUUAGGAACAUCAUUUUCAGCAGAAACCAAUCGAAGGGAUGAAGAUGCAGACAUGAUGAAGUACAUUGAGACUGAGCUAAAGAAGAGGAAAGGAAUUGUGGAAAAUGAGGAGCAGAAGGUGAAGUUGAAGAAUGCUGAAGACUGUCUCUACGAGCUCCCUGAGAACAUCCGAGUCUCCUCAGCUAAGAAAACAGAAGAGAUGCUGUCCAACCAGAUGCUGAGUGGCAUCCCUGAGGUGGAUUUGGGCAUUGAUGCAAAAAUAAAAAAUAUAAUUUCAACAGAGGAUGCUAAAGCACGCCUACUGGCCGAGCAACAGAACAAAAAGAAAGACAGCGAAACCUCUUUUGUUCCAACCAACAUGGCUGUGAACUAUGUCCAGCACAACCGAUUUUAUCAUGAAGAGCUCAACGCUCCAGUUCGGAGGCACAAGGAGGAACCAAAAACUCGACCCCUCAGGGUUGGAGAUACUGAGAAGCCAGAACCAGAAAGGUCUCCUCCAAAUCGCAAGCGCCCCCCCAAUGAAAAGGCAACUGAUGAUUAUCAUUAUGAGAAGUUUAAGAAAAUGAAUAGACGCUAUUAAUAUCAGUUCAGUGGGAGAAGAUGAGGAAACUGAGGUUCAAAAAGGUUAAAUGAUUCACCCUAGGUCACAGGUAAUAAGUGGCAGUGCUAGAAUUUGAACUCCAGGUCUUCUUGGUACAAAUCUAGUCACCUUCCUUUAUUGACUGUGAACUUCUACAAUCAAGCCUUUGUCAUCAGAGAGAACAUUGUAUGGCUGUAGGUAUGGAAUUAGCUCGGGCAUGGAAUUGGGAAAUCCAUGAUCUGAUAAUGCCUUAAGACCUGACUUCCACUAAGGCCUCUUCUGAUGCUUUGCUGUGUCAUGGAGGGAACCCUAGGUUUUUGAGGGCUCUGACAGAAUCCGUUAUGUUGUAAUGGCUUGAAGUGUGGUCACAGUGAUGAACUGUUCUCCAGUCCAAGGUUGAAUAAAUGAAUUUUUAAAAAAUCACUUUAUAAAGCAUUUACAAGUAUGGGAAAUGUAAAUACAAAAAAAGCAGCACAUAUAUAUAUAUAUAUAUACACACAUACAAAAAAGCAACCCCUGCCUCAGGGAGCUAACAUUCUUUAAAAAAAAUUCCCCCAAUUACAUAUAAUUACAAUUUUAGUAUACGUUUCCCAAAAUCAUAUGAACCAAAUUAUCUUCCUUCCUUGAGAAGGUAAGCAGUUUGAUUUGAAGCUGACAUUCUAAAGGAGAAAUAAUGCACUUAGAGGCGUGGUGGCUUAGGAAGCUUGUUUUGAUCUGGGAAGUCCUCAAGGUUGGUGAGGGACACAACAAUUAGUUAAUAUAAUAUGCCCUUUCUAGAAGCAAUAGCAGUGCUGAUUUGAUUGGAGUUUCCAGAAGAUAAAAUGGAAAAGGAGGUGGUGGGUUAGGGUUAGAGAUGCAGGGGUGAUGGCAUGAAAGACACAAACUGAUGUAAACUAAUGUUAACAGAACCAAGAAAACAAUAUACAUAAUAACUUGAACAAUGUCAAUGGAAAGAACAAUGGAAACUGGAUGCUGUGAAGUUAUGGUGACCAACCUUGAACCCAAGGAAGAGAUAGAAGAAAGGACCGCCUUUAAAGAUGUGGAGGACUGUAGGUGUGGAACCUGUAUAGGUGGCAGAGAUUUCCUUUUUUUUAUUUCAGAUAUUUUCACCAUGUUGCUUGUUUUUGCUGAACUCUUCCUCCACACCUCCCUUCACUAUUAUAUAGUUCUUAUAUACUCAGUAUCCUCGUUUUAACUCCCACUCUUCCAAGGGAGGCAGCCCACCCAGAAGGUGGGCUCCUUCUCCCUCUUGGGGUUCUUGGGGAUACCCACCCAGGAAUUGGGACUAAUUUUAAUAUUAUUGGCUCAAUCCCCUCAUUCCAACAUGUUCUCUAGUUCUCUCCCCUGUAUCAUUUAUUGCCCCAGUGAUGGGCACCUCAGGAUCAUUUAGCCAGUUAACUUCCAUUAGUUUUUACAAAAGGAUAUUUGCUGAGAGGAUACAUUGGUCAGAAAUACAAACACAUGCCUCCUGCCACCUCAGUCCCCAAGGAGAGAGGGUUCUGGCUGAAAGCUGCUCUGCCUCAGCACCUCUGCUUAGCAGUGUGGCCUCCAUCCUGGAUGUGUCUCCCCGCAGGAGCCUGGGUCAAGCAGGUCGCUCCUCAGCCAUGCUAGGGAUGAAACUCUGGUAUGGACUUCAGAUCUCGGGCCUCUGGGGGCCCCUCUGAUCUCAAAGAGCACGAGGGCAGCCUGGUCCAUAUCGGAUCCACAUCUAAGGGUGGGAAAGGGCACUCAAAGACCCCCAAAAAGAAAAAGAUGCCACGUGUCCACAGCCACACAUGGGAGCAGAUCAGUGGCCUGGGCCCUGGACCCUCUUCCACCUGAACACUAAGCAGCUGUCCACUUUGCUCUUGCCCAGGAAAGUCAGGCCACAAUGCAGUGGCUCCACAGCCAGCCACCCCACUGAAGGGUAAAGCAGAGGGGUAUGCUGAGAAGUAGAGCCGUCCCUCCUCAGCCAGAGCCGGCACUCGCCAGACCUCAGGGAGACAAAGCCCUCAUUGGAUAGUCUCCUGUUACAGUGAUAAGAGAAGGUUCUCUGAGAGGCAAAAAAGGAGAACAUGAGGGAAUAGAGGUGAUGUGAGAACAAGAGAGAAAGAAAACUAUUUUUAGAAACUAAACUCUUUGAAGAUAAUAGUUGUCUGUUUUUGUAUGUGUGAGCCCGAGCCUGGCAUUCAUAAGCCAGCUAUUUCAUUCCUAAGUGGCAGACUUAUGACAUGGCCCUGUAGGGCCCCCACGGACUGUCCAGGGGUAUCAGAUUCCUCUUCCUUAAAUGAGACAUUCCUGGCUGGGCAUUUUUUCCAGCUGCCUCCCUCAUUCCCUUCCAGCUUCAAGCUCCGCCUUCUCCAGUCCCUCGGUUCUAGUGCCUACCCUAUAUUGAUUAUUUACAAUAAUCUUGUACGUGACUUGUUUGUACAUAGUUGUUUAGACCACAAGUUUCUUGAGUGCAAAGUGAGACUUUUGCCUUUUUUAAUCCCCAGCACUUAGCACAGUACCUGGCAAUGGGUAGAUGCUUAAUAAAUCUUUAUUGACUGCUGACUCAUGGACAGGUAGGCCAAGUUCUGUAUACCAAUGAAAUUACAGAUCUGACACCCCCUCAUAUUUUGUAUAUACUUAUCUGUGUACAUGUGAUUUCUCCUCAAUAUAUUGCAGAGACUUUCCUUUUUAUCUUUGUUUCCCUGACACUUAACCUAGCACAGUGUAGGCAUUAAAUGCUUAUUGAAUUGAGUUCAGCUAGAGGACCUGCCUGUCUGUAGGUCGAACUGCCAGACCACCACCAUGGUCACAAUCACAACUUCCUCAGCUAUAAAAUAGAAUUGAAGUCCCUUCCUCAGACACUUCCUAGCUGUGUGACCCUGGGCAAGUCACUUGACCCCCAUUGCCUAGCCCUUACCACUCUUCUGCCUUGGAACCAGUAAACAGUAUUGAGUACAAGAUGGAAAGUAAGGUUUUUUUUGUUUUUGUUUUUUUUUAAUGUAGUUAAACUCAGUUCAGGUUUUUGGAUUUUUUUUUAAUUUUCUUAAGAUUUUUAGGUUUAGAUUUAGAAUUUUAGAAUCUUAUGAUUUGCCAAAUGGCUAGUAAUUUUUGGAGAAAGAAUUUAAAAGAUGAACAGAGGUCCUUUUAUUGCCUCAUUAGGGAGAAGUACCUUCUGGCAACAAGGCAGGAAGUUGGGGCAGAUUAUAGUCAAGGGCAAGCAACAGAAACACUUCUAGUCUGCCUCUAGUAUUUUAAUCAUAGAACUGUUAGGGAACUCCCUCAUUUUAUAAAAGGGAAAAUAAUCCUGUAGAAGUUAAGGCUAUGUAUGGUGAGGAAAGGAAAGACAGAUGCUUCUGGAAGAACCAUCACCAAAGCUGUCAAGGAAAACCCCUAAAUUUAAUUUAAAUUUGUAUUAGUUGGUCAUAAUGGUGCCAGGAAGGGGGAAAAAAAACCACACAUUUGUAAAGCAUUGAGAAGUAGGUGGCCACCUUGGAUGUUAAGGCUCAUCCCCUUGUUUUUCAUACUAACAGGGCUCCUGAUAAAUUCAAAGGAGAUACAGCUGGACGAGACAUUUGGUAGUGGGAGAAUGGUUAUUCUAUCCAUACUCAGUGUGCCAUUUUAAUGUUUGACGUAACACUAAGAGGAAUGAGCCUAGUGAACAUAGAAUCUAAUAUCAUGAGAAAAUAUCCCUUUCCGUUGUAGAUAUAAGCCUAGAAGAAAAGUCAAGACAGUCCAUUGUCUUCUAUAGGAAGAUUUUGAGAAACCCUUUUCUUGGCUUUUUAGAAAACUUAAGGGAGUCUGUAAUUUAUAGCUUAUAGCCACAGCUGCCUUGAAAAGCUCCAGAGAUAGUAAUGGGCACACACGGGAUUUUUAUGAACACAACAACAAAUCAUCUUUUAUUCCCUCUGUGACCUUAGGCAAGUCACUUACUCUCCCUGGGCCUCAGUUGACUCAUGUAUGAAAUGGGAAGAAUGGACUAGAUGGUCUCAGGUUGUUCUGAGGAACCUUGACAUCUCAAGAUGCCCUGGGAAGGCAGAUUAGAUUCUUGGGGAGCUCUGAGUCCAUUUCAAGGGGUCCCUGAGAUCAAAACUAUUUUCCUAGUAAUACUAAGAUGUUAUGUAUUAAAAUUCUCUUUCCUUUUCCAACUACGAAUCUGUGUGAAGCAUAUUUUCUUCCUAUACUUCAACAACCAAUAUAUCACAAUAAACUGCAAAAGCAGAUAAUGAAAAUCCAGUCCUAUUGAGCUAGAAUUUGAAGAGAUUUGAAAAAGUAUGUAAAACAGUGUCAUCUCAACAAAUUUUCUGUUUUGGGAAAUAGUUAUUUUUCAUAAAACCCAUUCAUGGUAACUUGUAAUUCGGUUGUUUUUAAAUGAAUUAAUAAAUGAAUAUUUUAAAA